AUGGACGACACCGUUGGGACUCCUCUGUCCGAUGUCUCUGCGGCGCCCUCGAUUGACUCUCUCGAGGGGGCGGGUAUACCGCCGCCCCCAUCUCGAGUCACUACAUCUGGAUCCUUCGAUAGUCUUCAAAGACACCGCCAACGAAACCCCCGAGCUCGGCGUCCGGUGAAGGAAACACUGGACGCCCGCUCCGAGUAUAGGACGAGCCAAGACGACGGCACGGCAGAGCACCGUAUCAACCAAUAUAUCAUCAAGCAGGAGAUUGGACGAGGCUCCUUUGGCGCCGUCCACUUGGCUGCUGAUCAGUUUGGCAAUGAAUAUGUAUGGAAGCGCCCUGGAAUAGCCAUUGAGGGCAUUGAGACGAGGCAGGACGAGAAUGAGGGCAUGGUACUGACAGAAGCUCAUUACCAGGCAGUGAAAGAAUUCUCCAAAUCCCGACUCAGAAAACGUGCACAGUCACACCUAUUACGCCGACCGCGUGGACCUCAACGACCCGGUACGGGAUUCAAUUCGCCCUUGCAUCGCCAUCCCUCUCAAGACGACGAUGAGAACGCCAAAAAUCCGCUUUAUCUGAUCAAGGAGGAGAUUGCGAUUAUGAAGAAACUGAAUCACAACAACCUGGUCUCACUGAUCGAAGUGCUGGAUGAUCCGACUGAAGAUUCACUUUAUAUGGUCAUGGAGAUGUGCAAGAAAGGUGUGGUUAUGAAGGUUGGCUUGGAAGAACGAGCCGAUCCAUACGAUGACGAGCACUGCCGCUGCUGGUUUCGUGAUCUGAUUCUGGGGAUUGAGUACCUUCAUGCGCAAGGGAUCGUCCAUCGAGACAUCAAGCCCGACAAUUGUCUCGUGACCAAUGACGACGUGCUGAAAGUGGUUGAUUUUGGUGUUUCGGAGAUGUUUGAAAAGGACUCGGACAUGUUCACUGCCAAGUCAGCUGGAUCUCCGGCUUUCCUCCCGCCCGAGCUGUGUGUAGUAAAGCAUGGUGAUGUCUCUGGCAAGGCAGCGGAUAUUUGGUCGAUGGGAGUUACCCUAUAUUGUCUGAGAUAUGGCAAGCUUCCAUUCGAGCAGCAGAGUAUAUUCGAGCUGUAUGAAAGCAUUCGGAGCGAUUCGGUAGACUUUGAGGAUGAGCAGGAUGAUAAUUUCAAGGAUAUGAUGACUCGUAUUCUGGAAAAGGACCCGGCGAAGCGUAUCAAAAUGCGCGACUUGAGGGAACACCCUUGGGUAACCGCCAAUGGGGCUGAUCCUCUGCUCUCCUAUGAAGACAACACAGCACAGCUCAUCGAGCCACCCACGGAGGAAGAACUGAACCUAGCUAUCACCAAGAACAUGGGUCAUUUGUUAACAGUGAUGAAAGCAGUCAAGAGCUUCAAGCGGUUAGUAGAUCCGUCUAAAGCAGGAUCAGCCAUGCAAAGUAUUUUGGGUAGUGAGCAUGAUGCUCACUUUGUGGCACCCCCUAUGGAAAUGGACGAGAGCGAUGAUUUCCCGACCAUUGGGCUGGAUCCCAACGCCGAGCGUGCUGGUCGUCAUAUCUUCACUGGUGGCAUCAGGAAGGCAUUUGGGCGGCACCCUAUGCUGGCAGGGCGUGGUCGAGACGAACCAGCAGAGAGACACUUUGCAACCACUCCAUUGAGCGUUGCGUCUGGUGCAGACGAUAGUACAACCAGCAGUGGACGAUCUAGAGGCGCCUUUGAGCCUCCAGAGCGAAAGGACUCUGGCUCAAUACGGAGUGGGAGGUCAAUUGGAAAAGUAGAUGCGACUGGGAUCCAUUCUCAGUCGGCAUCGCCUCAUCCCGCACUCUCGCGAGCUAGCUCUGCAACCACCAAGCGCAGCGUCGAGGGGACGAGAGGCCAUGCACGGGAUCCGCUUGAAGAGGACUUCCCUUAUCUCUUCAUUGGUCCUUCGACCUACACCGGCAUGUCACCUCAGGAACCCAGCGAGUUCAAUAUUGGCAGUGAUCCAACGCCCAUCUUCGCCGAGCCCGACAGCACCGAGGACGGAAUGGAUUCUGCCUUGGAUGCAGCCAUGUCCGACGAGCCGAUGCAAAUCGUCAGUGAAUCCCCCGGUGCAGCAGAGUUUGACAUUUACGAAACGGCAUACCGUAAGGAACUCGAGCGCAUCAAGUCCAAUACCUCCACCUUCCCUGGCGCCGGCGUCAGUCCCAAGGUGUAUCUAACGCGUCGCGUUGAGGGCAAGCACGAGGUGAUGAAAUUUGUCAAGGAUGAAGUUCUCGAUGUGCAAAUGGGCAAUAGGAAACCCUUUGCGUCGGCUGGCAGGUCCGCGACGGCGUUUGGGGCGGCGGUGAGCUUGUUGCGAAAUCAGAUGGAGCAGAAGAGGGAGGCCGAGCAGAACGAAAUGGAUGCUUCAGCGGUGGAGGGGUCGAAUCCGGGGCAAGAAUCUACGGAAAGUCAGCAGAGCCCUCCCCGUGAGCGCAGACAAUCCCAUCCUCCCUCCUCAUCGCUCUCGUCACAGUCGAUUCCUGGCCCCGAAGCAUCGUCCUUGGAAGCAACUGGCGUUCCAGCUUCGGACCCGAACACCAGUGCAGAAGACUCAACCACGCAACUGCGUCGACUUCUCGCUCGUGUUCGUGACAAGAAUGAGGAGUAA